AUGGCUCUGCGACGCGCUGCCGGGUCCCUCCAGAAUCACUUUGGGUUGCCAGUGGCUGCCAUCGUAGCCUAUACCUUGUGGGGCGAAACAGCCAGUGCGUACCAAGUACUCCUGGAGGUGCUGAGACCGGCGUGGUAUUCCAGAGAGCGCCUCUGUUCCUCAGCGGCCAGCUCGACAAUGUGGUUCGUCUACGGCUGGAUCAAGCUGUCCACGAUGGCGCUGGCGUGUGCGGCGAUCAGCGACACAGACGCGGCCACCGGCGUGAUCCUCCUGAGGACGUCAGCAGAGUCGUGUGACCGGCGCUGCCCGGAUCUGGCAGCCUUUCUGCAGUGGACCACGUACAGUCAGUCACUUUCCUUCAGCGCCGCUGGAUUCUUCAACGUCGACCGCUCGCUACUGGUCAACGCACUUGCCGUUAUUAUCACUUACGUUGUCAUUCUGGGGCAGAUCACUCCAUCUGAAUGA